AUGAAAAUUUGGUUGAUUACAGCACAAAGUACACUUACAAAUUUAAAAAAUGAUAUCAAAGCUGGACGUGUACCAAUGCGUGGUGUUAAUCUUGGUGGAUGGCUUGUUGGUGAAUAUUGGAUGACAUCAGCUUCACCUGCUUGGAAUGGUGUUCCAACAGAUAUUGCCAAUCAUGGUGAAUUCAAAACUAUGCAAUAUCUUGGUCAUAAUAAAGGUGAUAAUCAGUUUAAACAACAUCGUGAUACAUUUAUAACUGAACAAGAUUUUCGUGAAAUUGCUGCAGCUAAAAUGAAUACAGUUCGUAUUCCUGUUGGUUAUUGGAUUACUGGGUUCGAUAAUCAACCUGGUGGUGAUCCAGAUGGAUGGAAAGUUUAUGCACCUGGUGGUAUCAAUUAUUUAGAUCGAGCUAUUCGUGAAUGGGCACCAAGACAUAAUUUACUUGUAUUAAUCUCACUUCAUGCAGCUAAAGGCAGUCAAAAUGGUAAUGAUCAUAGUUCACCUUCUGAUCCAGGCAAUUCACAUUGGUCAGCAUAUCCAGAAAAUGUUCGAAAUACAUUAGAUGCUGUUGAAUGGUUAGCACGACGAUAUAAUAAUGAUGAGGCAUUUUUAGGUAUUGGUUUAAUCAAUGAACCGACAAGAACAACAAAUGAAGGAGUUUUGAAACAGUUUUAUUAUGAUGCUUAUGGUCGUAUUCGUCAAUUUUCAGAUUGUUUAUUAACUGUAGCACCAUUACUAUAUCAACAAGGACCAUAUGAUAGUGAUUGGGCUCGUUUUAUGCCAUCACCACAAUUUCAUGGUAUUCGACAUGAAUGGCAUCGUUAUCAAAUCUGGGGAUACGAAGAUUGGAGUAAAGAUCGUUUAAUAAGUUAUGCUCAAAAUGAAUUGAAAACUGAUAUGUUAAAUUGGAAAGGGAAUUGGCUAUUUAUUGGUGAAUGGUCCAUUGCAUCGUCAGCUAGUUUUAAUGAUGAUGAUUUACGAUUAUAUGCUCGAGCACAAAUUGAUGCAUUUAAAGGAGCAACUGGUGGAUGGACAUAUUGGACAUGGAAAUUUUAUAAUGAUGAUGGUUCAAGAAAUGCUUGGAGUAUGAGAGCAAUGAUUAAUCGUGGUCUUAUCCAACUUUAA